AAGCUGAAACAUUUUUUGAUAGCGGUUUUUUGUGAGUCACCCUACUGUGUUCUAACCAGUAAUUUUGCCCUGUUUAGCAACAGGAUUUUCUGGUAAAUUUGCAACUCAAGUCCGAAAUCGAUGCUAUGAAUGGUGGAAACUGUGAAGCUUGAAACAACGCCCGCUGUUGGAUAUAAAAAAACACGUGUCCAUCAUCUUCUAGGUGAAAAGUCGGGAUAGGUGGGCUGGUAAACUUACAUUCUGGUUCGCUUCUGUAGCUGCUUCCUGUAGUCUACCUAACAUGUGGAAAUUUCCUUAUCUGGUUAAUAAACACGGUGGAUUUACCUUCCUGAUACCGUACGUUUUGGCUUUGGUUUUGAUAGGGAUGCCACUUUUAACCGUGGAGCUAACUAUAGGUCAAAUGUUUCAAGGAGGAGCAGUUGAAGCGUUUGGGAACCUGAAUCCCAGAUUACGGGGAGUAGGAGUAGCCACUGUUAUUGGAGGGUUUAUUGUAGCCGUCUACAAUGUUAUAGUGCUCGGCUGGAGUGGGAUUUACUUUGUUAAAAGUUUCGAUCCGAUCAACAACAAGGUGCCGUGGCAAGAUGAAGGGGUGGACAACUUUAUCACUGAUUACGUUCUCAAGAACACUACAAUAUCAGACAGCAGCAUGGUUGUAAGUGGAAGAGUACUUCUUGCUGUGAUAAUCUGCUGGUUUCUCGUCUUCUUCUGUGUUUUCCGGUCACUCCGGAGUAUUGGGGCUGUGGUGAAGAUACUGGCGCCUUUACCAGUAGCAGUUCUUAUUGGAGUUACUGUUAGGGCAGUUUUCCUAGACGGAGCCGUUGACGGAUUUGAGAAAUACUUGGUUCAGUGGAACUCAACAAAGCUAGCUAAUACUGAUGUCUGGUCCGAUGCCACUAGUCAGGUGUUGUACACUCUGACAGUGUGUUUAGGAGUAAUGACGUCUUACGCCUCCUUCAACCCCCGCUCUCAGAAUAUAGCUAUAGAUAAGAAUAUAAUCUGUCUGGUGGAUCUAGUGGUGUCUGUGCUGGGAGGAGCUGUUAUUUACCUGGUGCUGGGACACAAGGCUCACACGUGCAAGAUGCAGGAUCUUGUUCCUUGUGAUCAGAUAUUUGAUUCUAAUGGAAUACACCUCCUCUUCAAGGUGUACGCAGACGCGCUGUCUCACUUAUCAGCCCCGACCCUCUGGUCAGCUCUGUUCUACGGAACCCUCGCUAUCCUAACUCUGACCACGUCCUUUUCUCUGAUAGAGGGAUUCUGCACUGUUAUCAGGGACAGCUGGAUAUCAAGCAGUUUGGAGCUGGGAAGGAGCACUAUAGCAUGUUACGUGUGUAUGGCUGGGUUCCUGCUGGGAAUACCCUUUACAUUUGACUGUGGUUCUAGCUGGCUGGAGAUUCUAGAUCACUACAUGAGGAGGUGGGUUUUGUUCUAUCUAGGGUUUGUACAGAGUGUUGCAGUGGGAUGGAUCUACAAAAUAGACAGACAAUAUCGCCGAGUAGGAGUUCCUGCAGUUGUGGUAUUCAACUUGGGGUGUUUCCUGAGUGUCCUUGUUCCCUCUAUAGUCGGUCUCUCAUUGACUGCGCAAGGGCACUCAACCGAAAAAAGUGUAACGAUCGCUUUCUCUUUAGCUGCCGCUAUUCUUGUUGGGUCUUUUGCAGCUGCAUAUGUUCUCAUGGACAAGAACAAAGUCAGAAAAACUAAGAGGAACUCGUUCUGGACGCUGAUUGGCUGGCACGGAGCAGAUAAUCUCAGGAAAAUGAUUAAUAGUUCCCCAUCUUACCGCUGGGCUCCGAACACCUUCAAUUCUGAAUUUGACUCCUUCAUGAGCCCAGCUAAAGUGUCCGUUAUGUUCGGGUUCUGUAUAAAGUACGUGGUUCCCGGCUGUCUCUUGGUUCUUCUCUGUGCGAACAUCGGGGAUGCGUUCUUCGGGAAAGGAGUGUACAGCGGAGAACAGCUAGCUUUGGGACAAGUUGUAUUUGGAAUUGUUGUCUUCUUCUCAGUACUCCUCUUCAUAUAUCCAAGGAUCCUGAGCAACCCUUCAGAAGCAGACGGGGAGGUUGAAGAAGGGCUGGUUGGGAGACUGGACUGGGUGUUUACAGCACGACUAAAUAAACCUUACGUCUUUGUCGGUCGGGAUUAUUAAAUAAUUGGAUAACAGUUUGAUACUAAUAGUUAUCUAACUAAAUUCUAGUGUUUUUUUCAAAUUUAAUUUAAUACGCUUCUUUUAAAAAACUGAGAAAAUUUCGUAACUGUUCAUUUUAAAGGGCUAAAAAGUAUUGUACGCUUUUGAAAAACUGGAUGAUAAUAUGGUAUUCGUAUUCGAUUCCUCACAUUUCCGCUUUGUAAAUGAAAUUCAUACAUU